AUGUCAAAAUACAUACAAGGAAAAAAAAUAGGAUCGGGAACAUAUGGUGAUGUUUAUGAGGCAUUGGAUAUCGAAAAAAAUUGUAAAGUCGCGCUUAAAAAAAUAAAACUUAACGAGAAUGAAGGGAUGCCUGGCACAGCAUUGAGAGAAAUAUCAAUAUUAAAAAAAAUAAAACACGCAAAUAUAAUCUCUCUGUAUAGAGUUAUUCAUACUGAUAAUCUAUUAACUCUUGUUUUUGAGUUAAUGGAUUAUGAUUUGAGAGAAUAUUUAACAAAAAAUGAAGGCAAUCCAAUAAUUUUAAUAAAUCAACUUGUGUCGGGGAUUGCAUUUCUGCACAAAAAUAAAAUUGUACACAGAGAUUUGAAACCACAAAAUAUUUUAAUAGACCGAUACGGAAAUCUUAAAAUUGCCGAUUUCGGCUUGUCGCGUAGUAUGGAAAUAAAAAUGCCACCUUAUUCGUGUGAGGUCGUUACAUUGUGGUAUAGAUCACCAGAAUUGUUGUAUGGAACGACUGAUUAUAGUUUCUAUGUCGAUAUAUGGAGUUUUGGGUGUAUUAUUUAUGAGAUAUUUCUUCUAGAACCUCUUUUCCCGGCGGAAACAAAAAUGCAAAUGCUUGAUUUAAUUAAUAAUCAUAUUGGAAGAGGCAAAUCUUAUUUUAAAAAGAUUUUAUGCGCAAAAAUAAAUGUUCCAGAAUUUUUUAUAGAUAUAAUAGUUGGAUGUCUACUAAUUGAUUUUAGGUACCGACUUACGGCAGAUGAAAUAAUAGACCUAUUAGAAUAUAAUUAUAACAAAAGAGAGAUUCAAUAA